AAGCCCAACAAACUUAAAACAACAUCCAACCUCAACCCUUCAACUCCUCAACCAUCGCCAAUCGAUUAUGUCUUCACCCGAUUCAUCCCCAUCAUCUGCCUCAUCGGACUCGUCUUCAUCCAUAGCCUUUGAUCCCAACACACUCACCCAACAACCCACACAAGCUAACCUACCAGCAGCAACAAACCCAGAGCUGCUUCUCAACAACCCCUUGCCAUCAUCCUUAAAUCCGACGAUCGAAUCCAACUCUCAAUCGACUGCUUUCACUCUAUCUGGAUUCACAAACAACAACCUACAACAUUCUCAGAACACUGACCUCACCUCGCUGGCCAACACUCAAUCAACUACAAAUAAUCCCUCCCAACCGAUCUCUAAAACUUCUCAUCCAACUGCCCCUUCAAGAGGAUGGAUGAGUCAGAGGAAGGGGAAAGCUAUUCAUAUCGAUGACGAUCAUCCGUCCCUCAGAACCGAGCUGAAUGGUGAAUUCGAAUCAGACCAAUCGGAGCAAACCAUCACUAGUACUAGUUCGCAAAGAAUCGUCGAACUCGGAAUCGUAGAAGAGCAAUUGUCACAAUUGCUUAAUUUGGCUUCUGAUGCCUUGGGCUCACUUGGGCCUUCAUUGGAUCAGAAUGAGUCGACUAACACGGCCACCGAAACGUUUUCAAGUUCGAUUCACCAAUACUUCGAGCUCCUCAACAAAAUUCAAUUAGGUCUACGCACAUCGAUGUCUCAUUUACGAGUCUCGCGAGUAUCCACUCGAAUCCUGUUUGAGCCCGCGCAUGUCUCGAUCCCUAACUGUCCAGUAGGUUUAGGCGAUCUCAAGCUGAUGGCCAAUCCUACUUUCAAUCAAAACACCUUAAACCAUCCAUUUACCAAAGAAGGCCAAGAGGCAGGAUCAUCCGCUUUGAGCUUGGGCUCAUUGGUUGCUGAAAGGAACGCGUGGCAGGACUUGGUCGAGUCGCUCGAAUUCAUCAAGGCUCAGCGAACUCGACUUUGAAAACACCCUCAUCACUUGAUCCUCUUCAUCUUGGCCUAUUCAUAGUCUCAUUUCGUCGCAUCACCUGUGAAGAUCACAUGUCUUCCUGUUGUUGAUAUUGUACAAAUCAAAAAAAAGUGCAAUUGAAUUGAACUUGAAGACAAAUAAAACUUAUAAUCACUUGGUUUUUGACCAGGCUGCAAUACACACCACAAUAAGCUGCAUUUCAAUCUUAUUUGUACAGCUAAUUUGGAAAAGCUUGUCCUUCCG